AUGAUAAAUAUACCGGAUUCAAUCCUAGAGCAAAUUUUUAUUUAUUUGAAUUGGAAUGAACGUUCACGAGCUGCUCGUGUGUGUAAAAAGUGGUAUAAUGUGUUUCAAUCUCCUGUCUUGUGGAGGAAAAUCGUUUUUAAGCCACCGUGUCGUCGACUAACAAAACUUCAGUAUGAUAUUAAAGGCUAUCGUUUGUCUUGUUGCUUAAAGGCGAUUGGUUGCCAUAUUCGCAACUACAAGUUUUUGAAAACUGAUGACUUGUUCCUACUUAAUCGAACAUUAAACCUUGUUGCAAAGUUUCUUGAAUACAGUUUCAAAUUAGAUGGACAGAAGAAUGAACCUAAUAAUGCCUGCGAUUCAGAUGGCAAUGAAUAUAGUGACCUACCUAAAGAAAUCGAAAAUUUAUCAUAUGGAAAUCUGAACCGUAAUGUAAUGCGUGAAACAGACUAUGGACUUGCUGGUUUUAUUAUUGAAGGUGAUCCAGAUGCCGAAGCUACUCUCAGGUUAAUAUUUGAGCUGCAAGAGCAUGAAAUUCAGGACUUUUCAUCUGAUUUAUCCUCUGAAAAUAGUCAAGCUGAUUUAUUCAAUGAUUUAGAGCAAUUUCAAUCGCAUAGAAUGUCUUCCAUUAGCUAUCCUCCAUCUCAUCGUUAUGAUUGUAGCAGCUUCAAACGCAGUAAAAGCUCUCAGUAUCCCUCAUCUGUGUCAAAUUUCUCACCUUUUCACCACCCACCUAUUGUUCAUUCUUUUGAAUUGGAUUUUCAUUCUGAAGUCGAUGAUUUGCGUGGUCUUGUUUAUGGAACUGGAGGUGCAUUACUGAGAACGAUUAGCCGAGUGGUACGUCAACAGUUAGUUUGUGAAAUAAGUGAUGUUGCUUCACAUUGUCUAAAUGAUCUCAAUCUUGUUCACUUCCAUAAGUCAUCUGUCAAUCCAAUAACCGCACAUCAUCGUGAGUACAUCCCAGGUUUUGCAAAUUUAGUCUCUGAUGAACAUCAAACUACUAACAAUGUUUCAAAUAACGAUAGCCACCAAUGUUUCAAUGAGGAUUGGUACCUUUUGGAUCCUCGUUGGCUUAGUGCUCGAUCUCAACGGACCAGCGAUAAUCCUUUGUGUGAUUUGUCUAGUCUUUUCCCCAAAAUUAUACGUCUUACUUUGAGUCCAACUCAGUUAACCGGUUCAAUGCUUCUUCGACUUUUAUAUCAAACUUCGUUGCAUCAAUUAUCUUUAAUUCAAACUGAUUUGACUGUAUUUACCAUACCUCGUUCUGAAAAUCCUCCUGUUCAACGAACUAUUUUAUAUGAUUCUGAUGAUUUAUAUAUGGGAUUUAAUGAAGAUCAAAGUUUUGAUCCUAGUGAUUCAAGUAUGCUGGAUUUGAUUGAUUGGACUGAAGAUGUUCCACGUAUUCGUAGAUAUGGAACUAAUCAAGAUACAACACCUGGUUGGAAACCGAUACCUUCAAACGUGUGGCGUGCUGCUCUUAUUCUAUGUCCACAUCUUACCAUUCAUUUAAAGUUGGAGUUAGUUGAAGAUUUAACUUGUUUACGGUGGAAAAGUCCUUCAUCAUCUGAUAAAUUCAAUUCAAUUCAUAAUUUACUGUCUUAUUGGCCUGUUCCUCCUGCACCGGUCACUUCAAUCACAUUGAUUCUAACUGGAGAACCUGCAUUUAUGGCUGGUUUAUUAAGUCCACAAAAUGCAAUCAAUCCUAUAUCUUAUUCACAAUCACUUACAUCAUUGAUAAUAUUAUUGGAAAAUAUACCUUCUGAAUUGAAUAUAUCUGGUUCAAUUAAACAAUUGAAUGAAUCAUGUAAAGAUAAUCAUUCACAUGGAUUAGAUCAUGUUCUACAAGAUUUGAUUAAAGCCUGUCCACAUCUUAAUCUACUAGCUCUUGGUGGUUCAAGUGCUUAUGUGCAUAUUUUAACCUUAUUGGUAAUAUGUCGUCAAAGAAAUCAAUGUUGUAAUUCUAUGAAUGAAUGUAAAUAUAGUCCAUUACAAUUAGUUAUCCAAAAAGAAUGUUGUCAGUUAGAUGGUGUUUGUCCAUUAACUGUUCCAGCUACAAUAUCUACAUGGUAUAGUACAAUGAUGACUGAAUCGAUAUCGUCUAGAUUAAGAAUAGCAGAGUGUUGCAUUUGUACUGCAUUAGGUCAACGUCGAUGGCAUUUUUUAACAAAUUCAGAAUUUCAUAAUCAACUUAGUAAUUAUUUGUUAUAA